AUUUUCGGCAUUUGUGUUGCAUUAUGUACUAAGUACCUGCUUGAUAGCUUCUUGUUUAAUAUCAAUGUAAAAAUAAAGGUUUACGCUAAAAUAAUCUCAGUAUGAAUACUAAUCUGCGGUUAACGAGGAGGGAGAGCGGUGCGUUUGAUCCAAUUACGAAACGUUAUCUUUGGCCACCAGGAAUAAAUGCAACGGGACGUCGAAUGUUAUUUACCGGCCCUGAUGGUAUUACAGAUCAAAGAGUAACAGUAGAAGAAGACAAUCGUUAUGUUGGUAUAGGAACCAUGUCCCCAGAGGGUACAAGUGAACUUGCCUAUUUAUACAGACCAGAUUGGAGAAAUUCACCAGCUGUUUUGCCAAAACACAAAAGAGUAGGUGAGAUAGGAUGGGGAAUUCCUAAGUACAGUGAUCGUUCAUAUCUGUACACAGGUCGUCAGAUAAAGAGAGGGGAAUUCCGUCAGAGUGCAGAGGACCGACAUACACAUUUGUAUCAAAAUCCCUGGACUCCUAAGCCUCAAUAUAACAAGACAAAACGGCCACGCACUGCACCUGUCGGUUCUGCCAGGUGUUUAGGUUUAAAUGAUGAAUAUUUACUUGAAACCAAUUUUCGGAGAGAAUUGGAGAGUAGGGAAACAGGUGAUAGAUCCUCUUCAGACACUUCCUCAUCGAGCAGAUCACAAGUGGGUCACUAUGACUCCUAAUAGCCUACACUAUGCAAUUGUGUUUGUUCUGUCAUGUGCCAAUCAGUUUUGUUUUUAAAUACGUGUCACACAAAUGAGAUUAGGCAAAUCUUAAUGGUUUUGUGCAAUUGUUAUAAUUCUUUAUCGAGCAAUUUACUUCACUGACCACUUACUGCAACAUAUUUCCAUCACUGGCAUGCCUUGAAUACACACUCAUGUAAGCAUAAACAAGAAAAAUUUAGAU